AUGGGGGCCCCCCAGGGGUACCAGGCGUCGUGGUGGGUUUACCUCCUCCACCAGGUGCCGCGCACCAAUUUCCAGUUCGAGGUGGUGGAGAGCAGCUUUGCCCCCCAGGACAGGGAGUACCAGCAGGCCCUGCUGCUCCUGGCCAGCGUGGCCGGGCUCUGCCUGGCGAUCAGCCUGGUUCUGAUCUGCGUCUACUUGAUCCGCUUCUGUUGCUGCGACCCGGAGGACGAGGACGAGCCCAAGCCGCGCAGGGUUUGCUGUGUCACCUGGAGCUGCGUGGCCGCCAUCGUCGUCUGCUGUGCAGGAAUUGGCGUCGGCUUCUACGGGAACAGCGAGACCAACGACGGGGUCGGGCAGGCCACGGCCGCGCUGCUGGACGCCAACCUCACGCUGCAGGGCGCCGACGCGCUGGUGCGGCAGACGCUGGGGCUGCUGUCGGCGGCCGUGGGGGGGGACCUGACGCAGCUGGAGGAGGCGCUGGGCCCCCGCACCGAGUUCGUGGCCGUCGUGCGCAACACGCGGCGCCAGGCCGAGGCCGUGGCCCAGAUCCUGACGGGUCUCCCGUUCUGGGGGGCCCUGGGGGGCAACCCCAGCCAGCUGGCCCACGGCCUGGCCUCCCUGGAGGACUACAGGUGGCUGGCCUAUAUCCUGCUGCUGCUGCUGGACCUGGUCAUUUGCCUCUUCACCCUGCUGGGGCUGGCCAAGCAGAUCAAGUGGCUGGUGGUCGUAAUGACUGUGAUGAGUUUCUUCGUUCUCAUCCUGAGCUGGGGCUCCCUGGGGCUGGAGACGGCAGCAGCUGUGGGCCUCAGCGAUUUCUGCUCUGACCCAGACGGCUUCAUCCUGAACCUGACCCAGGCCAAGACAGAACUGAGCCCAGAAAUCCUCCAGUACUAUCUCGCCUGCAGCCAGGACGUCCCGAACCCCUUCCAACAGAGGCUGACCAUGUCGCAGCGGGCGCUGUCCAGCAUCCACUCCCAGCUGCACGGCCUGGAGAGAGAAGCUAUCCCACAAUUCCCUGCGGCAGAGAGGAACCUGGUCUCUGUGCAGGGCACCCUGAACACCACGGAGAGCAACUUCCACCAGCUGGUCGCGCUGCUCAACUGCCGGGGACUGCACAAGGACUACGUGGAUGCAGUCAAGGGGCUCUGUUAUGACGGCAUGGAGGGGCUGCUCUUCCUGCUGCUCUUCUCCCUCCUCUCGGCCCUCGCCUUCACCACAGCUGUCUGCAGCCUGCCCCGCGCCUGGGAGAGGUUCCACAGCAGGGACAUGGCAUACGAAGACGCGGAGGAUGACGACCCCUUCACCCCUCAGCAGGAAUCAAAGCGGUUUGUUCAGUGGCAGUCCUCGAUAUGA